GGUGCAGUAGACCCCACUCGAACUGCUAUUGGGGCUGUUGAUCCAACAAAAACUGCUAUUGGUGCUGUAGAUCUUACCCGAACAGCUAUUGGAGCUGUUGAUCAGACUCGAACUGCGAUUGGUGCUGUGGAUCCAACGAAAACUGCCAUCGGUGCAGUAGACCCCACUCGAACUGCCAUCGGUGCAGUAGACCCCACUCGAACUGCCAUCGGUGUUGUAGAUCCCACUCGAACCGCUAUCGGUGCAGUAGACCCCACUCGAACUGCUAUUGGGGCUGUUGAUCCAACGAAAACUGCUAUUGGGGUUGUUGAUCCAACGAAAACUGCUAUCGGUGCUGUGGACCCCACUAAAACAGCUAUUGGUGCGAUAGACCCAACAAAAACUGCCAUCGGGUCUCCGACUGCAGAUUUCACAAAAACAGCUAUUGGAGCGCCAGCUGGUUCGCCAGCACCACCAAUAGGAGGUUACUCGCCAACAGCCCCAGGUGGAGGUGGAGCUACGUCCGCAUAUUUCGGUGUUGGUGGAGGUGGUGGUGGUGGCUACACUUCCGCUUACUUUGGUGUUGGUGGUGGCGGUGGCGGUGGUAUCAAGCCUGCUGGUGGUGGUGCUUUUGGCGGAGGCGGUACCGGGAGCCCAGGUGUAUCGGCAUAUUUUGCUCCAUCGGGCGGAGGAGCUGGUGGUGCACCAGGAGCGACUUCAGCCUAUUUCUCUGUUCGAUAG